AUGUGUGACGUGCUUCCGGAGAAGAAGGCGCUGAACGCGGAGAAGCUUGAGAAGUACAUCAAGACCAACUCCAGAGCUCUGGUGGAGCUGGCCAAGCUGGAGGAAGAGAAGGCCAAGCAAGCCAAGGUAGCUGCGGCGGGGGGCGAGCAGGAGGACCCCGCACUCCUGACGCGCAUCGGGGUCGUCAAGGACGGGAUCUACAAGCGGAUGAAGCUGCUCGCCAGCUGGGCUGACCUUGACGACGACCAGAAAUCCCGUACCCUCUACCGAGAGCAACCGCAAGACGGGCGGACCCCGGCGGCUGGCUACGGGGCGAUGGGCCACGCGGCGGAGUACUCGGGCGGCGGCAGCCAGCACCACCACGCCCCGGAGACGCAGAGGGCCGCGCAGCUCGCCCGCGCCGCCCGCACCGCCCAGUACCACGAGCAGGUGCAGCUGCUGCAGGCUCAGGCGGCCCGCGCGGCGGCUGCGGCGGCGGCUGCGGCGGCUGCGGCGCAAGGGCUGGCAGGGGGCCCGUGGGAAGCUCCCGAGCAAACGCGGGUGAGAACUUCGAAGUACCACGGUGUCUCCUUCUUCAAGGGACGGUUCACUGCACAGUUCACCUGGGGCGGGAAGCAGUAUUACUUGGGCCGGUACGACACCGAGGGGGAGGCGCACACCGUGGUCCAACGAGCCACGAAAGAAGUCAUGGAAACGGGGAACCUGACGCUUCCGCGCAACCGCGGAAACGAGGUGGUCCGGCUUGGCGCUCCUCGCUACCCUGAGGGUUGGACCGGCCAACGAUGA